UCCUCUCCUCCUCAGCAGCCCGACCUCCUCAGAAGAGAAGAAAGAGAAAUAUUUGUGUUUUCUCUGUCUGAUUCCAUCCGACUCCGACUCAAACCUUUCUGAGUCCAUGUCCAACAGAUCCCGGCACCAACUCUACCUCCAUUAUACUAUCUAGAAACCCGAAAGAGCCUUGCCUUCUCUCUCCAGUAUACAAAUUCUGGGGUGUUGGAUCCAGAAGACAAUCGAGAAGAUCUUGACCAUGUUCGAAGAGCGCUAUCAUGUAGAGUCCCUGGUUCAGCCGCCAGAAAGUGGCAACUGGAAAGGGGAGGAUGAGGAUUCGUAGGAUACGGGGGAAGCCCUACUGGACUGCGACGCGUACAUGAUAAAUGAGCGCAACCACACCUCUGCCCGUUGUCCCGUUGUCACCAGGAGAAGAAGCGACGGCGGCAAGAAGGUGGAGACGAUGCAGGUCACCUUCUGCCUUGCCCCGCCGCCGCACAUCUCCUACUUCUGUGUCACCUACAACAGCGGGGAACCCACCCUGUUGAGCAGAGAGCCGACAAUCUUGGCCAUGGAAGGUAACAUCGUUCUCAUCGGCCUCGAGCACACCCGCCGUAUCGACGACAUCAGGGUCGGAGCGCGCUCCAAUCCACCUCUCCGACAUGGUCAUCACCUUGGCGGCACCAUCGUCUGGGUCGAUCUCUGGCAGAGAAUCAUCCUCUGCGAUGUGCACCUCCCUGCCCCCGGGGAGGAAGAGAAGGAAAGCUCCAACCCUGUGAUGCUUCGCUGCAUCCAGCUGCCGGAGCCAAUGCAACUGAAUAACGGCCUCCCUCUCCGUGGCAGUUCAUCCUUUUUCCGGGAUAUUGCUGUCGUCCAAGGCCGCAUCAAGUUUGUGGACAUUCAGAUCCACGCCAUCCCGGGCUCGCUCGUUCCGAAUGGUUGGACGGCCGUCACUUGGAGCAUGGCGGUUGGUGAUCCGGGUUUUGUCAAGGACGACGAGAUCCAUUCUCAUGAUGUUGUCAACGCCCUGGAGCCGUACUUCUUUGUUGCUCACCCCACGCUCAGCUCACAAGAUGGUGAUAUUCUCUUCUUAAUGGCCAAGGCCAAUCUAGAUGACCCUCAGUCUUGGGUGAUUGCUGUUGACAUGAAAAAGAAGAAGGUGGAGCGAAAGGCCAAGUUCACCACACAAAGAACCAGCAGCGUGCACUUUGCAUACUGGCGAACUAACAUCUCCAGCUAUCUCACUCCAGCAGAAGAUUCAAAAGGGAUCAUGAAACGAAGAGGGCCGGUGUUGAUGGGAUCCUCUCGCAAGAAGCCUCCUACCACCACUUGCAUGUCCGGGCAUGGUGGCGACACAGUCGAAGGAGAGGCUGAAGACAGCAAUAAUCUGCCUUCCACGGGUGAUGACAUGGAUAUGGAAUAGGUGGCUGAUUGAGUAGGAAAUUGCAUCUUCGUUUGUCCACCGAUGCAAGUCAAUUUGGGUUUCUAUGAUACCGUCAGAGUUUAUCCUUGUGGAGUUCCCUUCCAAUCACAAGUCAGCAGGGCAACUUGUUGGAAUUUAAUUUAUCUAUGUUUCCGAUGGAUUAGUAUGAUGAAUUUUAAUGGAGCCAAGGAACUUUCUUUGGAUGCUUGUUUGCUCUAUCUAUUGUUAUGUUAUCAGUUGUACCAUGUACUGCUUAUGCUUUGCUAAUCUCACAUGUUCAUUUAUGUU